AGACUGAAAGCUGGCAGCAGAUCAAUGAGUCAGGUAGUGCCAAAUAUAGCGUAAGACUGGCAUCUAAAUCAGCAAGAGACAGUUCACUGACAGUAUGCGUGUUUGUGUAUAGAAGUGCCUAACCACUGUAAGGCUGUGCAUGUUUUGGUGGCUGUAAACUGAUACGGAACUUGUAUAUUUAUACUGAAGCAGUGGAGCAGUUCAACUAAGUUAUGGUUUUAAGCACGGUGUUUCCAGGAGACGACGAGGACGAUACAAGUAUUGGUAGUGGAUGGAACAACUCGGUCAGCGAUAACGGUAACCACACGUCAAAUCAGGUCACAACUGUACUGUCUAGCAUUGGUCGUCUCAAUGAUAAACCGUAUGUAGCAAACGAAGUGACAACAGCUUAUCCUGCGGUGAGCGAUUCCGAUCUUUUUCCAAACUAUACAGCCAGCAAGACUAUCCUAGCAGUGGUAACUGUGAUUGCUAUACUGGCGCUAGUCCUGUUCGCUCUUGCGACAGUGCGUUACUGGUUCAGCCAUAAAGGAAGCUACUACGUUACGGAGUUUACGGAAGUACAAACGUUAAAAAAAAAGCCAACCAAAAUGGUUAACAUACACGAAUUACAGCCAUCAAAAGAAUGGUUGCUGUGAACGUUUUAAAUUAAUGUACACGAUUGUUUGUAUUGCAUCAUUUUACAUUUCUUUUGUUAGUCAACUAUGCACCCUCAGUGUAAGUUUUCCAAAAAAAACAAACAUCACACAACUGCAAGGCUGAAUUGUUUUGUUUAGGCCAUAGCUUACCCUUUUCAGUUAAAAUGUAAAUGAUCUCCACUGUGUUCUUAUUGCUAAGCAAGAAUGCAAAUGCCAAAUCUACUUUUAUAUUAUAUUGAAAUAGAAAAGCAGCAAAAAAAACUCUUGUCACAAAGAAGACAGAGUUUGAAUUAA